AUGACACUCGCCCCGUUUGCCCCGCGAUUCUGCAUGGUGCCCAUCCGAUACCCCCGCCUCAUGUCAGAGGAAGGUGCGGUCUCGGAGGAGCAGGUGUUUGUCGACGCCUCCGAGGACGUCGCCACGCCGUCCAAGCCCGCCGUGGCUCCCUCCGAGGCCGACCCCCUGGCCCAUUACAAGGCCCUGGCACUGGAGUAUUUCAACACUGCCCAGGAGCUGGCCAACAAGUACGCGGGCCAGGCCCAGGACGUUGCCAAGGAGUACAUUGCCAAGGCGCAGGAGCUGGUCGCAGGGAAGAAGGACGAGUUGUGGGUGGCUCAGCUGUUUGUGCUGCAGAGUCAGCUGCAAUAG